CUGUUCUCCCCCUCCCACCCUCUUCCUCUCCAGGCCCCCCUCUCCCACCCACUGCCAAGCUCCCACCCAGUAACCCUGGGCAGUGGUCACUGUGGUCAUCAGAGAGACACCUUCUGUCUGUCUCUUCAUCUCCAGGGACUCCCCACAAGCCGGACUCUCUGCGCCUCCUAUCAAGGUUCCAUGUGAGCAGCCCCCCUCCAAGCAACAUGUCCAGGUCCGAUGAGGUGAACAGACUGACAGAGAAUGUGUACAGAGCCAUACUAGACCAGUUCAACCCAAGCCUACGGAAUUUUGUGACGAUGGGGAAACAUUACGAGAAGGCACUCUCAGGUGUCACAGUGGCAGCGAAAGGCUACUUUGAUGCCCUGGUGAAACUGGGAGAACUGGCCAGCAUCAGUCAAGGUUCUAAGGAGCUUGGAGAUACUUUAUUCCAGAUGGCUGAAGUUCACCGUCAGAUCCAAGUUCAGCUGGAAGAAGUAUUAAAACUCUUUCACUCGGAACUGUUGGCUCAACUGGAACACAAGCUCGAACUGGACAUUAAGUAUUUAACAGCGACGCUGAAAAAAUACCAGGUGGAGCACCGGUCCAAGUCAGAGUCAAUCGAGAAAUGUCAGUCUGAGCUGAAGAAGCUGAGGAAGAAGUGUCAGAACAGCAAGAACCCCCAGAAGUAUGGCGACCGAGAAGUGCAGUAUGUUGAAAUCAUGAGCACAAAGCAAUGUGAACUGGACCAGUUUGUGGCAGAAGGAUACAAAGCGGCACUGACAGAGGAACGACGGAGAUACUCCUUCCUUGUAGAUCGUCAGUGUGCGGUGUCCAAACACUUUAGUGCCUAUCACAGCAAGGUAAAGGAACUUCUAAGUGCUAAGCUCCCUACGUGGCAACAGUCCUGCACGCAGCCCACUAAACUUCCCGAGCGAGCCCUGAUGCUAGUGAAGCAAACCGCCAGCCACACCACAGAGCCCGUCAUCUCUGAUCCGAUGCCAAGCACAAAACCACUGGAGGUCCCCCCAGAGCUGGCACCUCUCUUAGCCUGCAGCGUGAAUAACCGGAUGUCAGUACAAGAAGUUCUUCCUAUUCCCAAUGGAGAGACCCAUCGUUCAAGAGGAUCACGAGAUAUGGGAAGCCCUCCUCAUAUUGAGCCCCUUUUGUUGAUUCCAGUGGUUUCCUCACAGCCUGCAACGCCAGCUUCGGUCACGCCCCCACCUUCCAAGGCCAAUGAGAUGUAUUCCUGUACCUUACCAAUGCCGCGCAAGCCAUCCUCUGAGAACAGGCUUGCCACCCUGGUGGAAAAUAAGACCCUACCUCGCAUCAGCCCCCUGUCUGUGCUGCCGCCCCGCGUAGAACGCCGAAGAGUGCAGGCAGUCUUCUCACACAAUGCUGCAGAGAACAGCACCUUGCUCAAUUUCAAAGAAGGGGAUAUCAUCCUUCUGUUGGUUCCAGAGGCCAGAGACGGCUGGCACUACGGCGAGAAUGAGACUACCAAAAUGAAAGGCUGGUUUCCAUUUUCCUAUACUCGUCCCCUUCCUCCUUCCGAGAACUCAGACAAAUUCAACUCCAAUUUCCCACUGAGCAAACUGAACAGCAGCAGUACCGGGAAGCUGGACAAAGUAGGGGUGACUCCGGCUGAAGCUGAAGCUGCCAGGAUAGAAGCGAUUAGAUACACACCUUCUCCUCGCACCAGCACUUUCCGACAAAGACCUUACAGCAUGAUCAACCCGGACAUGCUUCAGUUAGCAAAUGAAUUUGGAAGCCCAACCUCAUCGCCAUCCAGAAACAACCCCUUUGCUCAUGUCAAGCUGAAACGCACAGUGACCAACGACCGAUCAGCGCCAGUCAUCCAGUGACCUGAGGAUUUGGUGGCCUGCAUUGUCCUUCAAAGCUGCUUCAAUGAAAAGUCACGGAACGGAAUCAGUGACCCUGUAUUCCCUGUCAUGAAUUCAAAGAGCUUAUGUAACCCCGAGUUAGAAGGGCAGCCUUUAUAAACACGCCUUUCAUCCGUUAAUACUGCGGAUUGUUCUGUUUACAGCAGACUUCUAGAACUUUCCUUCUCUGUUGACCAUGGCUUGUGUGUUGGAGCUCCAGCAUGUUCAAAGCGACUGGCUGUAGUUAAAGGUGUACAGUGCACUAUGAACAACCUUAACAGUAUUAAAGGACAAGUGGCUCUACUGACAAAAAGGAGACAGAGUUAGCCAUGUAUAUUUGCCUUAAGAUCACUUUUGUACUGGGGCGUUCAACUGUUGCUCUUCGUCUCCCAUUGCGCUACAACUCCCAUCACCAUCAGCCUCUGAGAAUGAUGUUUGGACAAAGAGUUCAUGUAUUACCAGCCCAACAGUCCAGCCAAUUGUAGAGGGAAAUGACUUCCAUCUUUAUACUAUUUGCUAUUGCUUUGGCAUUCAUUAUUCUGAGUAAUAUGCAGGCGUUCCACAUAAAAAAUACCCACUGAAGAAUAUGUUGCAGAAGGUAGGGGAAUGAGAGAAGAGCACUUUAACUCAAAAGUAGCACUUGAUGCCACUGAUUGCUUACAAGUUGGAUUGGAGUCAGAAACAUUUUGAUGAGCUAGCACAGAUCCACCGUGUAGACCUCAUGUACAGGGAAAAUCUCAAUGUGCCUCAGUACUGUUAGGCCCUGCCACCGCUCCACUGUGAAACAAACAGCCAUCUUUAAAUAGCAGAGUUGGACAGGGCUUGUGUGUGGCAGGCCUGAUGGAUCUGGUGGGCCCUGAAUACCCAGUCCGACUCUGCUCAUAUACAGCAGGCCUUCUGCUUUAUCUCUUUACAAACUUGAUAGGCCCUCCCCCUGGUGAAUGUCAGUGGCAUUACACAUGCUCAGUCUGUUCUGUUCUAUGACGGGUGGUUUGUAGGGAGGAAAAUACCAGUAAGCACCUGAUCACACACUCCUUUCUUAAAUUCCAAUACAAAAGGGCUCCUGUACCUCCACCUGACACAGCAGCUUUAUGCAUAAGGUUUAUCAUUUAUUUAUUAGUCCUUUUUCAGAGCUUUAACAGCAAUUAAUCUUUCAGUCUUAACCAGACCGGAAAAUAUGGCCAAUUUAUGUUUACCUUAAUUUCCCCUUUAUUAGAAAUUAAGCGAGCGAUUCAUUUUAACUAAUGAAAUGGAAAGGUAACCAUAAAUACUAUCAGUAAUUAACUUUUAUUCAUAUAUUGAUUUUUGAGUGGAAUCCAUGGGCAACAUAUCUCUAUUUAUUAGUGGUAAAGGCUCCUUGAAAAAUUCCAACCAGGAGUUGCACCUAGUCAGCUACAGCUGUUGGCCAAUGGUCACCAAGGGUCCCUUAUUCAUUUCAGUUGUGUACCUGCGGGUCCAGGUCAUUGCCAAUGAAAUGUAUAUGGGGCAAUCCUAAAUAUUUGUGUCACAGGCCCUAGAAAUAGCUCAGACUAAAGCUGCCGAGUCACCUGUGCGCCAUUGGCCAAAUGGUGGUGACCCUUGGCAUCAGGGUUUAAAAAUAAAAGGCAAAGUUGGGGAAUGUGUAAAGUGAAAUAUGUUUCCUGCUUUCAGAAUACAUAACAAACAUGGCAACAAAAUGGGCAAAUGAUGUUGUUUUAUAUAAUGUCCAGAAAAGAACCUCUAUGUUUCAGGCCUUGGCAGCCAUGAUUAAUUGGAGAGUACCACCGGAAUUGUGUUGCCAGUUCUGAGCAGCCAUGAUGUAUUUUUUGUUUUUUUUUGCACAAUCCAGCUCAUACUAAAGAAAUCAUCAAUAUCAUUUAUUGAGGCAUGGGGUAUUUAUAAGUGGCUGUGGUCAUGCAACUUUAUGAUCUACCUGCAAGUCAGGGUUUAUUCUGAAUUGUACAUAUUGCACUGUCCAUUGUUUGUACUGAAAGAAAUUAGCCUAUUGAAUUAAUGGGAGUUCUAAGGAAGCAUGAGAGUAAAUAUUGCUGUAAGGACUAUAGAACAUAGUGGGGGCAUUUAUAGACACUCUGGACAUUAAAGGGGAGCAUAGGUGCACCCUAGAGAUGGGGGCGGGUGCAGGUCUAUAAAUACAUGUUCCUUGCUGGGUCGGGUUGAGCGUGGGUUGAUAUUUUGUCUAUACGCCUGCAUGCCCCUCAUGAAUACAUUGCUGUUGAACUUAGGCACUACUGUAUUCAUCUGGAGGAGCCAAAUCUGUGCAUUGUUAUUUGGUGCAAAGACCCGUGUCACUUAAUCAAUGGACAGGGUGCAAAGUGCAAAAAAAUGAUGGACUAACGCUCAAGAACGUUCUAGAUCUAGAGCUACUCAGGGCAAUGCCCUUUGUGGCCAAUAGAAGACAUCUACUGUGUUCCCCAGUGUUUCCCAUAGCCCUUACAGUCUACUAAAAUACUGAAUUUGGUAUUUGGUGGUCUUUGUAUUAAUAUUUCUAUUAAGAAGUCACCUAAAAAAUUAACAUUUACUGUAAUGUAGACUAUGGUAUUCUAACACAGUAUGCAAUUGCUCUUUAUUUUAAAUGGCUUGUGGAAUAUUCUUGUAUGUUGGGGUCCCACAUACCCUAGCAACAAGGUCGUAGUUUGACUAGGAAGAGGUAGAAAAAGAUUAUAUCAAUAAUAAGAAUGAAACUCUAGCCUUAGAAAGAAUCUAAUCUUGGCUUGCUCGUACCCAUUAACCAGAAAAAACAUGAAAUACCAGGUUAAAGAGCAUAAUAGGACAAGUCAUUCCAAAUAUAGAAAAUAAAGACCAAUUGUUGAGGAAUAUUAAUGUCUACAUUCUAACAUACCCUCUAACAUGAUCAACCCCAAGCCCUGGGCAGUGGGAAGGAACAGCAACAGUUUGUUUCCAGGCUAAACUUUUUUUUACCUUCAAGUUGUCCAUGUAAAGUUAACUAUUGGCACCGGACAGUCAAAGCCCAUGGGGGUGAGAAACUAAUGACUGAAUGAACCUGCAUUGUGAGAAACAGAAGGGAAUGGUAAGUUGUUGAGUGACUGUUGAAGAAUAUGUUGAGGAGAGGGGGCAGAUAAUGAGAAGAGGGCACUCUAACUCAAAAGCGGCACUUGAUGGUACUGAUACCUUAUACAUGCGCCUGGAUUUACGUGAAACAUCCAGUUUCAAUGACAUCAGCUGGUUUGUUUAGAUGUCAUAAGCUGGAAAUCCAUAGAUUGGCAGUGGCUGCCAACUUGGCUACUUGUGACCAGGUUCCAGCUUAUUAAGCCAUGUUGCAGGGAGUGGUCAAAUAUUGAUUGGGAAGGAAUUUUGGGCCAACGAGCACAUAUGUCGCUUCCCAGUGUGUCUCUUUAUCAUUAGAUUGUUGGCCAAGGAGGAACAAACUAUCAAAUCACCCCCUUGGUUGCUGAAAUGGGCAAAGAUCUGCUUAUUUAGAGACUUUGGCCUAGACAAGCAUAUGUGCCCUUGUAUGCCCAGCUUUACUUACCAAUAUUCCCCAUAUUUAUGCAGGGCAUUAUUCAUUAUUGUCACAUUGCCCUGCUGUUGAUAUUUAGGAGACCAUUGAGUUCAGUCAGGUAUCAGUGCUGUGCUUUUGCGUAGAGUGCAACCGUUGGGUUCUGGAUAGAUUACUGCCACAAUAAAGGUAUUUCACAUGUGGUCUGGGUAAGUUUAAGAAGAGAAAGUCUUAGUAGGUUUGAAGGAGGAAAGUGAAGAGAAGCUGAUGGAAUGCGGUGGCAGGUUUCGUUGACAUGGGCAGGAUGUAAUUACGUGUUCAGUGAAGGUGUUAUGGCAAGAAAGCGAGCCGUUUCUGUCCAGGCAGUCUCUGUGUGACGGGACCAGAUGCUAAUGUCCUUGAUAAGAGACUGCAAAAUGUGUGUACAAGCAUGUUUUGUGUGUAAGAAUGUCUAUAAAAUGCGAUUUCAAGUAAAGCAGUUCAAUGCAUUCAUUUUCUCUGUGAAUAUGUGUGUGCCAUCAUGCAGACAUGGAACUGGCCAUUCUAUAACAUACCAAACGUUAACUUAAAGGUGAACCACCUCUUUGACAACAGCAACGUAUCAAGUUGGAGGCAAGGACAGGUGUUUUGUUGACCAACUAGGGCUUGUUAAUCGUUGGCACACAACUGACUAAUGGUCUAAAACUGGGAUCCCCAACCUUUUUUUACCCAUGAGCCACAUUCAAAUGUAAAAAGAAUUAGGGAGCAACACAAGUGUGAAAAAUGUACCCAGGGGUACCACAUAAGGGCUGUGAUUGGUUAUUAGGUAACCCCUAUGUGGGCUGGCAGCCUACAGCAGGUUCUGUUUGCCAAUACACCUGGUUUUUAUGCCUCCAAAACUUGCCUCCUUACCAGAAAUUCAAAGAUAAGCACCUACUUUGAGGCCACUGGGAGCAACAUCCAAGAGGUUGGGGAGCAACAUGUUACUCAUGAGCCUCUGGUUGGGGAUCAUUGGUCUAUAACCUUCCCUGUGUGGUUCUCGGGACCAUAGAGCUGGCAUUUCUCUCCCCCUUCUGGAUCAGCUUGUAGAGGAUGCUGGGAGUUGUAAGCCCACAGCAGUCGUAGUGCCAUAGUCAGGGGCAAGCAACCUGCUCCAUCCCACCAACAGUUGAGGUCUUUCUGGUGGGUUGCUUAGGCCCUCCCCAUCUUUCCUGUCUGAGGUUUUCACUUUCAUUUGCUGUACUUGUCUUUACAGGCCUGUGAUUUUCUUUUUAUACAAGUAUAUUUUUUUAUUUGUGUAUAUUAUAGGUGGACCUUGUUUAACAUUGUCGUCUCAUUUGGCAGUGUCAGUGCAUCACGUGGAUUUUUUGUAACAUAAUGUAACAUUGUAACAUACAUUGUACUUCUGGUCUGUUGAACUAACUGGGCAAAUAGAAUUUGCUUUAAUCCA